AUGGAUGUAGAAAAUGAUAAUUCGAUAUAUAUAGAUCCGGAAAUAAUAAUAAAAGAAUUAGUUAUUUCAUUACCAGUUUUAACUGAAUCUGAUGUCGAAAUGAUAUUAAAUAAUGUCGAUUAUUUUGACGACGAAUCAUCCGUAGAUGAAGACGAAAAAGAAAAACCUUGUUUAAAACGUGAUCAACGACGUUUAAAUUUAUUAAAUAAUCCUGAUUAUGGUAUUAUUCUUGGUUUUAUUGAAAAAUUUCGUUCAUAUAUAAAAAUGAAAAAUUAUCCAUUACGCAUACUUGAAGAUAAUCUAAUAUGUGAAAAAGAAAAGCUUAGUGGACGUUUUAUUGAUUUUCAUCUUGCUCUACUUAGAAAAGUUACAUCAGGUAAAUUGCUAAAAAGAGACCAAUUUGUUCCAAGUAUAGCAAAGUUUGCUGAUCGUUUUAAUCAUGAUGAUGGAGAUUACUUAAAUGAACAUGGAUAUUCAAAAUCAAAUGUUGAAAUUAAACUUCGAGUUUUAAAAAAUUUAUUAGAAAAACAAUUUGAUUGUGAUCAGACAUUGAAAACUUUUGUUGCUAAUAAUCCAUCACAUGAAAUACGUUCAAAACCAUUUGGUCGAGAUCGAUUUGGUGCAUCGUAUUGGUUAUUUAUGGAUACGGAAUGUUUUAUGCGUGUAUUUCGUGAAAAUAUUGAUAAUAAACAUACAUGGAUAAAUGUAGCAAAAAAUCAAACUGAAUUAGAAAAUCUAAUAAAACUUCUUAUAACUGAUCAUAUUAUACGAAAAAAAUUUCCUGAAUGGAAAUUUUCUUAUGAAUCAUUUAAUUGUUUAUCAUCAUCAAAUGAAUUUGAAGAACGUUAUUCAUUCAAUUUAUCAGAUAAUAAACCUAAAAAUGAACUUUUAGACGAACUAUGUUCUUCAUUAGUAUUACUUCAUUCAGAUAUUGUUAAAACAGAUGAUGUUGAUUUUGAUCCAGUUGUUAAUCUUAAUCGCGAUUUACCAUCGUCACCACCAAUAUUAUCACCUUUUAAGAUUGAUGAUGUUGAAAAAAAAGAUGAUAUGGAUGUAACAUCUGAUAAUGAAUCAGGAAAUUCUAGUGAAAUUAAUCCUAAUCGUUUAAGUAUUUCAUCAUCAAUUAAUGCAAGAGAUGAUACAUAUUCUGGUGAUUAUUCAGACGAUUCAAUUUAUAAUAAUGUUAAUUAUAGUUAUAAAUAUGAAGAUAUAGAAAAUACAAGUAGUAGCUUUCAUGACCAACAUAUAACAUCAAAAAAUGAUAAUGAUAGUGUACAAGCUAUUGUAUUAAAACCAUUAUUAGAACAAGGAAUAAAACGUAAACUUGUAGAUUAUGAUGAUAGUGAAAGCGAUGCAGAAGAUAAUGAAAAACAUGAUGAAGUUAGUCAAGAUUCUCAUCAAAUUCCAGAUAAGAAAGACUCAACAAAUAAUGUUGAAUUACCUAUUGCAUUACGUCGAUCAAAACGUGGUCGUAGAUCACGUUUGGCUGAACUUUCACCAGCUUCAUCAAACGCAAGCAAAUCUGCUUCACGAAGUUCAAGAACAAAGAAAUCAGUAGAUGAAGGAUGGAAAAGUCCUACUCAAUCAUCUAAGACAAAUGGUCGUCGUCAACGUAAGGGUCGUCGUGGUAAAACAUCAAUGAAUGACCAUUCAUCAUCAACUUCUGAUGAAAAUCCACUAUAUAAUGAUGAUGAUUUUUCCGAUGAUUAUUUACCUGAUAAAUCAGAAGUAGAUGAACUUCUUACUGGAAAUUUAUUAGAAGAAGACAAUGAUGAGGAUUCCAUUUCUAAUCGUAAAGCAAAAACUGUUGCACAAUGUCAUGAACAAUUUCAAAGACCAUUAACAUCAUGUUCGAUAUGUUUACAAAACAAUCAUCCUGAAUCUUUAUUAUUAUGUGAAGAUUGUGAUGAUGCAUAUCAUUUAGAAUGUCUUAAACCUGAAUUAUUAUCAAUACCUAAUGACAGUUGGUAUUGUCCAUUAUGUGAACAUAAACGUUUAUGUGAUGGUUUAGUUGAAAAAUUACUUAUACUUAUAAAAGAUCAAGAAGAUUUUGAAAUGAAACGUCGAUUAUAUGUAUCAAAACGAAGAAAACGUUUAACAAAUGUUGCUGUUAAUCUUGAUCGAUAUGUUAAACAACCAACAAAUGAACAUAAAACAAAUGGUAUUGUUUCAAGGGAUGAAAAAGACGAAGAAGAAGAAGAAGAAGAACAAGAAAUUAAAAAGAAAACGAAUUCAACAAAUAAUAAUAAUCAUAAUAAUGAUAAUAAUAAGGAAGAAGAAGAUGAUGAUGAUGAUAGUGUUUAUGGACGUAAAAAUGAUGAAAAUCGAAAACCAUCCGAUCAAGAACAAGAACAAGAACAAACAGGAAAACGUCGUGUAAGAUCAUGUCGACGAAAAGCACAAAAUUAUUCUUUUGAUGAUUAUGAUAAAAAAAUGAAAGAAGCUAUGAUUGAUGCUGGAAUUAAUAAAGACUUAAUUGAUAAUGAUUCAGAUGAUUCGGAUGAAAUCAUUAUAAAAAGAAAACAACCAGGAAAACGUCGCCGUUAUGAAUUUGAUGAUGAUUUUGAUGCGUCAAAUAGCAAACAUAAUGAUGAAUAUCUACCUAGUCGACGUCGAACUAUAAAUUCUGAUAGCCGAAGCGAAGCAAGAGAUAAUGAUAGUCUUCUAUCUUAUCGACGUCCAACUAUGAACGAUGAUAGCCGAAGUGCAAGAGAUUAUGAUGAUUUUCUAUCAAAUCGACAUCCUCCAACUAUAAACGAGGAUAGUCGAAAUGCAAGAGAUUAUGAUGAUAUUCGACCUAAUCGACAACCAACUUUCAAUGAUGAUAGUCGAAGUGAUGCAAGAGAUUAUGAUGAUAAUGAUGAUUUCGGUAUGAGUGACGAUGAUAGAGCUUGGAAAAGUCAACCACAAUCAUCAACAUCAUCAAAACCAAAAAAGAAAUCCAAUGCAAAAAAACCCAAUCGUAAUAAUCAACGUAAAUCAACAAUUCGAUCAGAAGAAGAUAGCAUUCUUUCUGAAGCUAAUCUAAACAAUUUACCAUCAGGAAUUAAAAUAAAAACUGAACCAACAACUGAAUUUGAUCAAAAUAUAAUUGGUACAAAUGAAACUGCUAAAAAUACAUUUGAUAAACGUCCAGUUGUUAAUAAUUCGUUUGAUCAAACUCCAACUACUAAUAAGUCAGUUAAUAAAACACCAGUUGUUGAAAAUGCAACUGAUAAAAAUGAAGCUUCUAAGGCUCCUAAACGACGACAACGGCGGACAGUAACUACAAAAAAGAAACCUUCGAUUCAACCAGAAAAGUUUAGUGAUGAAGAAGAAAAUGGUCAUCCUCCAGUGCCAGCACGUAGACCUUAUCGAAGACGGCGUAUUAGUCAUGAAUCAUCUAUUGAUGAGGAUGAUGAUUAUGAAAAAUUAGCACAUAAACGUCGAUUAUUUUCUCAAGGAAAAGGUAUAACACGAACAAGCAUAACAGAUCAUAUUAAAAAAUUAGUUGGAGAUGAAGAUGAUGAUGAAGAACAAGAAGAAAAUGAAGAAGAUGAAACAAAAGUUAAAAAUUCAAAUGGAACAAAAAAGAAUGGUAAUUCAAAACAAAAAAAUAAAAAUUCACAAUAUGAAGAAUAUCAAUUAUCGGAUGAUGAUGAUUUUCCAGAUGAACAAGAAAUAUUAAAAACAACUGGUUUAAAUUUAAAAAAACCUUCAAAUAUACCAAAAGCUGCUCCUUAUCGAGCACCAUGUACGCCUUCAAUGCUUUCAUAUCAAUUUAUAAUGGCUGAUCCAACAGCAAAUUUUGAUUUAACUUGUUUACCUGAAACACCAAUGACAGAACCGAGUGACACAAAUCAAGCUAAUGGCAAUCAUGGUCUAUCAACAUCGACUUAA